AGCUUCGAGGUGUGAACAGUUGGACAUCUGGACAUUGUUGUUCACUUGAGCUCCUAGUCGACACGACAUCCACCAGAAGUACAAAAGACACCCAAACCAACAUGCAAUUCACCACCGUCACCGCCGCAUUAGGCCUCUUUCUGGCCGGUGUCUCCGCCCUCGACAAGCCAUUGGACAUCAAGAUCACUCUCUCGAACACAUGCGCUGACAACGAGAAGACGAAGAAGGGCGACAAGAUUGAAAUGCACUACCGCGGUACUCUCGAGGAGACCGGCGCCGAGUUUGAUGCUUCAUACAACCGUGGCACACCGCUGCCCUUCACGCUGGGUUCUGGCCAGGUCAUCAAGGGAUGGGACGAGGGUCUGAUCGGAAUGUGUGUCGGAGACAAGAGGACGCUCACCAUCCAAUCUGAAUACGCCUACGGAAAGCGCGGAGUGGGACCGAUCCCGGCCGACGCGGUGUUGAUCUUCGAGACGGAGUUGGUUUCUAUCAAUGGCAAGGGAGCGGACAAGAACCAGGAGGAGCUUUAGGUGGCAUGGUUGGAUUAAUAAAGCUGCACUAUGGCACAAAAUGGAGAACGUGAAGGAGGAAUAAUUUGGAUUCGUGCGGUGUCUGACAGGCGCAGAGAACGACCACAUGAGUGGUCAGGACAGGUGACACAGAUAGCAACUUCAUCUAGAUGAAGGCAAUGUCGUCCUGGGAUCCAUAUG